AUGAGUAAAUUGAAUGAUUCAAUUGAACCAAUAAUAGUAGAACAAUAUCCAUCAUCUAUUCGUAAUUUUUCAUCUCAAUAUGGAUCAAAUAGUUCUGGAAGUUAUGCUGUUAGAAAUAUAUGUAAACAUCCAGAAAUCUAUCCUUUAUAUGGAGAUUCAACUCGAGCAUUAGUUUUUCGUACAUAUGGUCCAUGGUGGAUAAAUAUGCCAUCAUAUAAAGAAAUGAAAAAAAAUUUUAAACGUUGGGAAAAUAAAUUUACAAGUCGAGAUUUUAUUGAUAUUGUAUAUUCAAAUUUAGUUUAUUCAUGUACAAGUAUAAAUAUAUAUGAAACAUAUAAUCCUGGUACACUUGAAGUUGUUUAUGUUGGAAAAGAAGAUAAUAAUGGAAAUAUAACAUGGCAUAGAGUAUGGAAAUUUCCUGAACCAUUUAGUAUUAUUUUAAGAGAUAAUAGAGAAAUUUUAAUUAAUAAUGGUCGUCAACAAAUGAAUGAUUUAUUUCCGAAUCAUAUUAAUACUACAACAUCAGCACUUCAAUCAUUACAUUUAAAUACUGAUCAUGAACAAAUAUCAAAAAUUUAUACUCAUCAUACAUAUCCACCAGCAGCAUAUUUUCCACGUAUUCUUAAAAUUCCUUUAAUAAAUAAAAUUUCAUUUCCAACACAACAUAUUCGUCUAGAAUUUGAUCAUUGUACAGCAAAUUAUUAUAUAGAAAUUGAUACAAUUUCAUUAUCUGGUCAAAUUUUAAAUAUAAAUCAAUCUUUACCAAAAGAAAUUAUUUCCAAACAAGAUGAAUAUAUUGAAUUAAAUUUUGAAAAUCAUUUAAUAAAACUUCCUUUUGAUAUACUUUUUCUUAUUUGUUCUUAUCUUGAUUUAUAUUCAUUAAUACAAUUUUCAUCAACAUGUCAUUAUUUACGUCAACAAUGUCUUCAUCCAUUACAAUUUCAUUCACUUAAUUUACAACCAUAUUGGAAUGGUAUAACAAAUGAAACAAUAGAAAAUUUUUUUCUUAAAUAUUGUAUUCAAACACAAUAUCUUUCAUUAUCAUGGACAAAAUCAAUAGAAUAUUUAUCAUUUUAUAAAUUAUUAAAUAUAUGUUCAAAUAAACUUAUACAACUUAAUCUUUCUUGUUGUCAAUAUUUAACAGGAGAAUAUAUUAAAAUAAUUGCUAAUUAUUGUUUUAAUCUUGAAAUAUUAAAUUUAGAAAAUUGUUCACAUUUAAUUAAUUUUGAUUUUAUACCAUUAAAAAAUCUUCAUCAUAUUCGUUCAUUAAAUGUUUAUCAAACUAAAAUUGAUUAUCGAACUUUAUUACCAUUAAUUGAUAAUAAUAAAGAACAUUUAGAACAUAUCAAUUUAGGUAGUUGUCAACAAUUAAUUGAUACUGUUGGUAUAGUUAAAUUAUUAUUUGCUCGUUGUUCUAAUCUUCGUUCCAUUGAUCUUUGGCGUGUAUCUAUUUUAACAUCAAAUUGUUAUUCAUCAAUUGUUGGUUUAUCACAUGAUAUUGAAAAUGAAGAAUUACGAAUUGCAAAUUUACCAAUACAUGAACAAGAAGAAUUAAUAAUUAUUUAUUCUCUUAUUAAUCUACCAGUUGAAAUAAAUUCUAUUACACAUAUGAUUUAUUUAAGUGAAAUUGAUAUUGGAUGGACUGAUCCACCAGGAGGUUUUAUAACAAAUUUUGUUCGACAAGCUGGUCGUCGUUUAAUAAAAAUAUUUCUAACUGCUUGUAGACGUAUAAGUAAUGAAGAUAUAAUUGCUAUAAGUGAAAAUUGUCUUCAAUUACGUCAACUUGAUAUACUUGGUUCAAAUAUUAUAGGAGAAGAAUCUAUUGAAUGUAUACUUAAAUGUUGUUUACAAUUAGAAUUUCUUGAUAUAUCAUUUUGUUCACAUAUUUCUGAUGAAAAAAUUUCAAUAUGGAUAACUCAAUAUAAAAAUUGUUUUAAACGAAGUUAUCAACCAAUUAAUAAUGAUGAUAUUUAUGCUGAAUUUCCAUAA